CCAAGACUUAGACAAUAUUGGCUCAAACACGCCAAUGGAGGACUACAGGUUGUGGGUUCCCACACAGAAAGAACUUGAAAUUGAAGAAUCAAGCAGGCUGGUGACAAUGUCUGACUUGUUCAGGAAGGAUAUACCAGCAAACGGUGUGUUCAUUACCGAAGUGCCAAGAAGUGUUAAAUCAUUCUUCACCAACUACAAGUACGUGGCGCACUGCGGUCUAAGUAAAAGCAAUCGCAACAUGGUAGCCAUUCGUAUGGCCAUGCCACAUCGUAUCCUGCCUUUCGUAGGUCCCAAUCUAAAAGUAUUUUCUUCGGUCAAGCCUCCAGAAAUUCUUGUCCGGCAUUGGGAGCGAAAACUGGGCAGCCGCGUUAGACCAAGAUUUACAUGUCUUACAAAGAGUCAUGGUAACACUACAUAUGUGUGUCCUUAUCCCAUUGAACAGUUACCGCUCCACCAACAGCAUGUGGAACCUGAUGCAUACUAUAAAGUCCUCAGCAAGAGGUUUGUAAGUGAAGUUGAUAUAACACAACCAAAAAUCCUCACCAAUGCUACGAUCCCUUGCGUAGUUAAAUUGACUCAUGGCAUGGGAGGCACUGCUGUAUUUUUGAUAACAAACGAAACCGAACUACAGAUGACACAAUCAAAGAUCAUGACCACGCAUCCCGAUGCGGAUCUAAUCGUUACAGAGAUGAUCACAGAUCUGGAAUCUCCAGAAUACAGUGCCCACUUCUUUGUUGACAAAUCUGGGAAUGUUACUUGGUGGGAGGUGGUCGAGCUCAUUGAAGAUGCCAAUGGACAUUCCAUUGGAACUAUGUGGACAAAGAAUAAUGGCCGUUUAAGACAAAUCAUGGAGCCAUUCGUAAUCAAAGUUGCCCAGGCCCUGCACCAAAAUGGCUACUAUGGGCCUGCAGGAUGCGACGUCCUGCAUAAUGGUAGGCAGGGUUACUUGGUAGACAUCAACCCGCGAAUGACCUGUUCUAUGCCUUUAUGUCUGAUGGCUAGGGAAAUGGAAAGACGUGGCUGGUCAGUUGGCGUUUUGACCCGUCAACGAACACUAGACGGCACCUUAGAUGACGUCAUAGCUCGCGCUGAAAGCAUCUCGGAUGGCGAGGUGGUAAUACUGAGUGGAGGAGAGCUAGAAGGGGGCGCCAUUAUGGCCUACGUCGCAGUCUUUUCAGAGAGCCGAGAAGCAUGUGAACACAUCAUUAGCAACAAGCUUCCUUUUAUUUGCACAUCAUCCCGACUUUCAAGAACUGCACGCUAAGAGGAUAACACGGGCGUGUAUUAGUAAUUUUUAGGAUGCGAAUGACUGCGAGUGCAGUUUUGUCUCUUUUGCUUCCAGGUUGUAUUUUAGCAACAAAUACGAGUUCUUGCCACAUGUACUCCCAAAAG